UCACGCAUUUGAAUUAUAUUAGUGAAGUGUCAUGAUAAAUAAUAAUAAUUGUAUAUAACAUAAUUCGUCAGAAUUUGUAGUUAUGGUGUUGGUCACAGUGACUGUACACACUACGCAACGGCGACGCAAGUAUUUGUUUAGGUGUUUGCUCAGCAGACACCGAAACAUGUACAAUCCUUGACGUAAACGAAGCAACUUGCUAGUGUGACGAGCCGCAAUGAACUGGGACGCCAUACGUUCUGAAACGAUUGUAGUAAAUUGCACUCUUAUGUGAAUUUGUUCCCGAGGCCUAUGCUAACGCCAGGUUUGCAUAAACGAAUGUAAUGGCGUAUGUUGAUUACCUCAAAGAGGAUUUUACAUUUGAACACUAGUAGAUUCAUAAGGACACUGCAGAGAUGGGCAGGAGUGCGGAAAUAAUAAUUUGUGGCCUGGUGCUGGGGACUGCAGCCGUCAUCUACGUGAUGACGCAGCUUCUGAGAGCUGUAGUGGACCAAGACAGGGGCGGAGCUAAUGACGGGUUGUUCGGUGAACUGGAGGACAGUUGGCUGUUCCGCUUGUCUCUGAACUUGCUGGGCUAUGCCACCAUCAUCGUCCCAGGGUUCCUCAUUUACAAAUAUGUCAAGAAAACCAAUUACUUGGAAAGAACAGGCCCGAGCUGCUUCGCGGGGCUAGUGCGACUAUGCCUGGCCGGCCCAGACACCCCGGGUGCAGGGGAAGGCCCCGUGCAACAGACCCAGAAGGCGUACUCGACGAUGCAGCAAGUGAUCCUGCUGAUGUUCUGCUUCCUGGGACUGCAGCUGACCUACCUCACCUGGGGACUGCUGCAAGAGAAGAUCAUGACUCGAGAGUACGAGAGCGCGGAGGGAGCAAAGGGCAACUUCAAGGACUCACAGUUCCUGGUGUUCGUGAACCGCAUCCUUGCGUUCACGCUGUCCGGGACUUACGUGCUGGUGGCGCGGCAGCCGCGCCAUACGGCCCCGCUCUACAAGUACGUGUACUGCUCCUUCUCCAACAUCAUGAGCUCGUGGUGCCAGUACGAGGCCCUCAAGUACGUCAGCUUCCCCACCCAGGUUCUAGCAAAGGCAUCGAAGAUAAUCCCAGUGAUGAUAAUGGGCAAGUUCGUGUCGAGACGCAAGUACGAGUUCUACGAGUACGUCACUGCUGUCUUCAUAUCGCUGGGAAUGGCGCUGUUCAUGUUCGGAAGCUCCGACCACACCACGGACACGGGGGUAACCACGCUGUCCGGGCUGGUGCUGCUAGCCGCCUACAUGGCCUUCGACAGCUUCACGUCCAACUGGCAGGGGGAGCUGUUCAACCAGUACGCCAUGAGCUCUGUGCAGAUGAUGUGUGGAGUCAACCUGUUCUCCUGCCUCUUCACAGCUGUGUCGCUGGUGCAGCAGGGCGGCUUCGCGCACUCCCUGCGCUUCAUGGCCCAGUUUCCUAAGUUCUCGCUGGACUGCAUAGUGCUGUCACUGUGCUCCGCGGCUGGGCAGCUCUUCAUCUUCUUCACCAUCGCCGUGUUCGGGCCGGUCGUAUUCGUCAUCAUCAUGACAGUCCGACAGGGGUUGGCCAUCCUGCUGUCGUGCCUGAUCUACCAGCACCACAUGUCUGCGGUGGGCGCGGUGGGCGUGGUGACGGUGUUCCUGUCCGUGUUCCUGCGCAUCUACUGCAGCCAGCGCCUGAAGGCCACGCGCAGUCGGCACGCGCAGUCCCCGCUCGUCUCUGGCAAGGUGUGAGGCACAGCUCGCGCCCGCUAGGCGUGGUGACUGUUCCUGCGCAUCUGCUGCAGCCAGCGCGCAGUCCCCGCUCGUCCCUGGCAAGGUGGGGGGCACAGCGAGAGCACAGAAGGAGUUUCCACAUCGAAAGGCUGUUUUUUUUUUGGUCAAUAUGCGGUUGGCCCUUUCUUAAGAUUAUGAGAUACAAUUAAUAUUAUAGGUUUUUAGAUCUGGACCUUAUGAGUCUUGGAGCUUAAGGUUAUUGUCUGUGUUCACAGUCCUGACAGAACAACCACGCAAGUCAAAGUUUAUGUUUUUAAUGAAAUUAUUGAUAGUUUAUUAUAAUUUUUAAUUAACUGUUGAAACGCAAUCUAUCAUUAUUACUUUAAACUUACACAUUGCAUCAAGUUAUAAAUUUACAUCUUAUAAUAAAGGUCUGUUGGUAAAUCACAAGCUGAAGAUCAGCGCACCACUUCUUCAGUCUACAGCUAACAAGAAACUGGUCAUACAAGAGGACAUGAAAUCAAUAAAUUGUCCUGUUUUUUAAGUUAUAACGGUGUCCACGAUUACAUGUUUUUAAGCCAAAGCUUGUUCUAGUAUCUUGAUCAGAAUGACAUUUAAAUCACAUGUGUGAAUGGAUGAAUGAGGAAGUGGUAAGUUAAUGGCAAUUAGUAGCUCUAGCACGAAAAUAAAAAAGAAUUGGUUGUGUAUGUUAGUUUUUGUUUUUGUGUUGAUUUAGUGCGUUUUAAGCAGAAAAAUCUAAUAACCCCAAAAUGUUUUAAACGAGGGAUCUUAAGGUUAAUGGCAUGGGAAACUAUUGGUGCUAUAUUAGUCUGACUUUUAGGCGGGAAAACGUCUUAAGCAGUGUCGUCUUAAAUGAGUUUUACUGUAUUAAUUUUAUGUUCUGUUAAAUGGUGUCUUAUAGUUCUGGGUACAGCUGGUUUUAUAAUCAUUACAAACAUAAUAUUUAGUCAAGUAUUUUUAAAAUGGUGUGAUACAGUUUUUCUGAGAAAAAAAUAUUGGAAAUUUGAUUUGACUUGACUUUAAUAUUUUGGUAUUAGUUCAAUAUUUGCUAAGAGACACUAGUAUUAUCACAGGCAUAGCUUUUCCCUGUGCUGUGGUAUAUGCUAAACGUGGGAGAGCAUUUCAGUCAACAGCACCGCGCUUCUUUUACUGCGCACUAUCACAGUGCGGUUUUUUCAGCUUGCGUGUGUUGGCUUAUCUGAGUGAGGGUCUUAUUUGUCAGUUGGGUGUGUGUUUGUCAGACUGUGUUUCCUCAGAGUACUCCCACACUGGCCUCGCAACGAUGGUAUGGCAGUCCUUCCUGAAGGGUCGUAAUCUCUCGCGUGCUUUGUCGACAGAACCAAUGCCUUUUGUGUAGAAACUUACUUGCCAGUAUGUUAAUGCCAAAGAGAGGAAAUGAAUUAUAAAUUAAAAGUGAAUUUAUGUUAUAAUUUGAAAUUACUUUGUACUAUUGUAAUGCUGGUUUUGCUAGUUCGCAACUUGUAUUUACAGUGUCUUGACAUCUGUGUGUUGUGUGGUGAUGUAUUUGGUGCAUUCUGUUUUAGCUACUUCGUAAAUGUGUUUUAUUUGAUGUGUGUGGGUGAUAACGUGAUAAGCUAUAACUUUUGUUAAAAUAAACUAAAAAUGCAGACUUGUGGGCAUGAAUUGAAUUACAGUAAAACCCUGUUGUAAUGUUCUUCAUGACAAAGAGUGGGGGGAUAUGUUAUAAGCAGGAACCCUUCUGCUGUUUUAUUUAUUUUUUUUAGAAACUAAUUUUAACACACAAGCUAUAAAUAAUACUAAACAGUUUUCUUUCUACUUGUUAUUGAUUAUUGUUGUUGUUACAUUUUUAAUUUUUAUAAUAUUUCAUUAUUAGUAUUAUUAUUGUUAUUUCCAGGGUAGUCUACUUAUUUUUAAAUCAAAGUAUUAUUUUACGAUUUCCUCGUUAAAUUAAUUGGCUGAUUUAAUACACAUCAGUAAGUAACUACUUCGUUUGAUGACAAUCACCAUUAUAUAAUAAUUUUAUCAUUUCAAAAAAGCUUAUUAUAAGACAUUAUAAGCAGGAAAUAUUAAAAAAUUAAAUUUUGAGAAUAGGAUACUUAUGUUGAGAUGUUAUGACAGGGCUAUACUCUAGUUCCAGUGAUGAAUCUUUUAGAUUCUUUAAUUCUAUUGAAUUUUUCUGUAAACAUUGGGAAGUAGAGAAUGUACAUUUUGCAUUAUAAGUUGAAAAUUCUAAUUAUUUCAUAUUCUGUACUUAAUCUACCCAAUACAGGACAAAUUGUGAACCUUUUCCUAGCACACAGUGUUGUGUGUAUAUUAUUAUUUUUUUUUAUUGUUUAUGUUGUGCAGUGUACAUAAGUAGGUUCACGCUUGAAAAUGUAGUUUUAUUGUUACAUAAAUUAAGUAUGGGUGUUUGUCACCAUACUGUGAGCACAGCACACUUUAAAAAGAAAGUACAAAAAAAUAUAAAAUCUAAUGCCGUGGACACUUUUCUGUUGAUUAUUUACUAUCUAGUGCUUUAGCAUUUUAUUGAGUUUAUCUUUACUUUUAUAGAUGGCUUGGGCAGUGUCCUUCUGAGACUCCACUUUUUAUAAUAAAAAAAACUUAUGUACAUAUGGCUUAAGAGUUUGCUAGGCACAAUUGAACAGUAUUUGUGAAAAAUUUUACUUUUAUAACUCAAUUUGUAAAAUCUGAAUAGGUUUUUCUGUACUUGUCGAGUGUUCUUUCCUGAAGGGGCACUUAGUCAGAGAUAUAUGUAUUUGUGUUUUAAUUUGUUGGAAUGAUAAGUGCGAUGCUUACUGGUGCUUCUAGCACGGUAUCACCUCUGAGCUGGCACGCAGUCUUCUCAUCAUGCAUUGGAAAACUGUGAGAUGUGAGUGGUAACCAUAACAUUAUAUGGCGGAGAAAUGAAAAUGAAUAAUGCAAGUCUCUUGAGAGCUUUCAAGAAUCUGUUCCUGCAAUUUAGUUAUUUUCACUCUUUUAACUAAAAAAACGAAAUGCUGAAACUUGACUACUCAUCCGCCCUCAGUGACUUUUUAAAUACUACUUUCCGUUAAGACAUUACACAGAAUCUCAAGUAUUUUUCAAAUGGAAUGGUUUUUUUAGAAGCUGUGCACACAGUAUGUGUGUCUGGGUAGGAACGGCCCUUCAACAAUGAACCUUUGUUGUGGCCGAUGAUUCAACACUUUUGUCAUGACUACAGAGAAACGCUGUUAUAUUUAUGGAAAUACUUUAGAUAAUCUGCUUCUUAAAAGUUGAAACUGAAUCAUAAUCAUUGUAAAAUGCCAUCGAAGGAGGAAGGUGUUUAUUUUGAGAUCAAGUAAAUGCAGUCUAAGACAAAACAUUUCUGCCCGGGCGCCCCUGCCCACAUAACGUGCUGUUGUAGUGCUAGCACUGACGUCAGCUCGACGAGCAAGUGUGGUUCACUGGAGCCUUGUCUGCUGAGGCAGAUCGCUUUAAUAGAAUCUCGGUAAUGACACUUCGCUGAAUUUAUCUUUUGAAAUUAUAUUGUUGUGUAUUAAACAUGUCUACUGAAGAUUACUGACGUUUUACUGACCCAAUACCUUGUCCGUGCAGCAGGAUGUGGUCACUGAGGUAUGUACGUUGUUUUAUUUAGAUUUCCUGAUAAGUUUACACUGCAUAUGGAGGUUCAGACUUGCAAGGAGGGCUAAUUGAAUUUAGUUAACUUAUAUGUGCUAGGCUGGGACUUUGUUUGGAAAUACUAAAUGAUUGGAAGUAACUUUUUUAAAAAACCAAAUACCGGACAACGACUCUACUGAGUAGCAAUUUUGCCAAUCAUUGAACGCCAGUAUAGUUUUAAUGGGAAUAACUAUUACAGACAGAACUGUGCUGUUUAAAACAAUUUUUAACAAGCUGCUCCAUAGAAGGAAUGAAUACAGAUGAGUGUGUUCUUUCAAUCAUAACUGAAAUGUACCUGUGAAAUUUAUUCUGCUGCGAAACUUGAAAUGCUGUACGGAAACGAAAACGAACUACUCUGUUUGCAGUGCGAUCUAGCAGGUCAACUGCCAGAGUCCACCCAGAAUGCCUGAGUGAGUGGGUGAGUCAGUAGGAUGCUGAUGGAAAAUACCAAAUCAUAGAAUGCUGAAUAAAAUAUCUCACUUAAAAUUUGUUUCCUUGUGCAAUGGAGGGGGAAAAAAAUCUUCAUUUUCUGCAGUACAUAAGUUAAAAGUGAAAUACUAGAUGGUUGUAUGUACCGUAUUUACACACGUAUGGGUCACAUAUUUUUUAUGCUGAUUUUUAGUGUAAAAUAAUGUACUGCUACCCAUAUGCAAAUUUUGGGUUUUAAAAAUAAAUAUUGUACUGUCAGUAAAUUAUUAACCUAUGUUGGUUUUGAAUAAACAUAACUCCACGAUUAAGUAUAAAUUGUUUAAUCAAAAUAUCUCGGCAGUCGCACGGAGUUCUGUGAACAGCGCAGUUACUGUAUGUAUGCCGUGUGCGCUUUAAUUCAUUUGUUUGUUCAGUGAUGAAAGUUCACAAUAAAUGUUUUAUUGAUUUGUGAUUUUGUAAUUUGUGCAACAAUAAACUAUUUGUACUGUGA